AUGAAGGGCCUCAUGGCCAAGGUCACCCCCGUCGCCGACAUCGUGCCCGUGGCGAGCGUGGAGGAGGCCGGCACUCUGCUGGACCUCAACACGGGCUUCCACUUCAUCGUCAGUCCCGGUGGCCAGUGGCUGUACGGGACGGUAAGCCUGCGCGGCAAGCGCCCCAACGUGCCCGUGGUCGUCUUCGAAAACUGCGACGCCUUCUUGCAGCGCAAAUUUGUGGAGGCGGGCGCGGCGUUCGUUGCGCCGCACGUGGAAAUUCUCAAGGACUACCGAACGCCGAACUACGGCGAACUCCAGGUCGUGUGGCCCCAGAUCGGCUCAGUGGUGUACAGCGAGGCCACGAAGGUCAAGUACACCAUCACCGGCCGGCUCGGCGAGGGCGGCUACGCCCACGUCUUCCGAUGCACCGACUUCUUCGGUCAGAGCUUCGUGAUGAAAAUCCUCAAGACGUUCAAGCCCAAGCACGAGACAGAGGCCGAGUGGCAGAAAGAGGCGCGGUUCCUCCUUUCCCUGCGCCAUCCCAACAUCAUACAGAUCUACGACAUGUUCGAGCACUUAGGAUUGUACUACUUGAUCGUGGAGGAGUGCCACGGGUCGCUCCGGCAGCUCAUGGAACAGACUGGAGCGCUCCCCGUCAACGACGUCAUCGCCAUCGCCGGCCAAAUGCUCUCCGGCCUGCACCACAUCCACUCCCACUCGGUGAUCCACCGCGACCUUCAGAACGACAACAUUCUUUAUGUGCGCAGCGAGUCGGGAGGGACCUCCCGUUAUCAGAUCAAGAUCACCGACUUUGGGAUCAGCAAGUUCAACGGCCAGGCGGGCGACAGCGGUCUGCCGGCCUACACCAACAUCGGCCGCCCCUACGAUGUGGCGCCCGAGUUGAUCGUGGCGGGCUAUACGACCCACCAAUCGGACAUCUACCAGGUGGGGCUGGUGCUGUACUACCUCUACAGAGGCACGCCGGCGCUCGGACCCGAGGACGGACCCAGCAGCCAGGCCAUCGCCACCGGCCUCGCCCGCCACAGGGCCGAGUCGCUCGCGCGGAUGCUGAGGCGGCGUGCCGAUUGGCGGUUCCGCGACUCGAUGGAGGUGUGGACGGAGCUCAGCCGCGUGCAGCAGGAUCAUCAACGCCUCCCUCCUCCCGCCGGCCCCGCAGCAGCAGCACCCGCAAGUGGUGGAACAGCCGCGUUCCCUGGUGACGUCGCCGUUGCCGUUGCCCCGGUCGGCCGCCCCCAGCGACGACGACGACGAGAUGGACGCCUCCCUCGCUUUGUCCGAAGCGUCGAAUGGCGAUCAGCAGCAGCUGAAGGCCGAGAACGACAAGUGUGGCGGCAGCGCCAUCGACAUCGAGGCCCAGUCGGGGGAGCAGCCACGGAGGCAGAGCAGGAGCGGGAGGCCAAGAAGGCCAGGCCCGAGUAG